ACUGAUAGACUAGUUAACAGAUAAUGCAAUAAACUGAUACGGGCUCAAUAUAAAGCUGGAGUUUUCAAGUUGAACCUUCAGUGCCAGAGGACUGGAACAAGAGCAAUGCACAGACGGUGAAACAAAGGGGUUUUGAGAUGGGGAAGAAGAAGUUCAGCGGAUUAGAGAUCUCCCUGAUUGUCCUAUUUUGUUUGGUGGUGAUUGUAGCCUGCAUUCUGGUGGCACUUUUAGCAACAGGACAACCUGGACUCCAAGACUUUUCUCCAGACUGUCCAGCAGUAAACGUCGCAGAGAGAAUUGACUGCAUUCCAGAUCGAGUGGCAACAAAGAGCUUAUGUACACUGCGUGGCUGUUGCUGGAAUCCACAAGAGGAAACACAAAUACCCUGGUGCUUCUUCUCCAAGAGUCAUGGGUAUAAAGUAGAGGGAGGUGUGAAGCAAACAGAUACAGGUUUUAUGGCUAAGUUAAAGAGGCUGCCUUCACCUUCCCUAUUUGGAAAUGAUAUUAACACUGUCCAGCUCACAGGAGAAUAUCAGACAACAAAUCGCUUCCGGUUCAAGAUCACUGAUCCUAAUAAAAAAAGAUUUGAAGUUCCUCAUGAGUAUGUAGAAGCUUUUGGUGGACCUGCAGCCUCCAAUUUAAAGUAUAAAGUCGAUAUCAUUCAGAACCCUUUUGGUAUCACUGUGAUGAGAAUGAGCAGCGGCACAAUACUGUUCAAUACUAGCAUAGGACCACUUCAGUAUGCUGACCAGUAUUUACAGCUCUCAAUCAAACUGCCCACUGGAAACAUUUAUGGAAUCGGAGAACACGUCCACACACAAUACCGGCAUGAUGUUAACUGGAGAACGUGGCCCAUCUUUACCAGAGAUGCUUUCCCCAAUGGAGGCACUCAUAACUUAUAUGGAGCUCACACUUUCUUCUUGUGCUUGGAAAAUAACAGUGGAGCCUCUUUUGGUGUGUUCUUAAUGAACAGCAAUGCCAUGGAAUUUGUUCUCCAGCCUGCCCCAGCAGCAACUUACAGAACAACUGGUGGAAUUCUAGAUUUUUAUGUCUUCUUAGGAGACACUCCAGAGCAAGUUGUUCGAGAGUAUGUAAAGCUGAUAGGAAUGCCUGCAAUGCCUUCAUACUGGAGUCUUGGAUUCCAACUUAGUCGCUGGAAUUAUACCUCUCUUGAUGAGUUGAAAGUUGUUGUAGCAAGAAACAGAGCAAUUGGGAUACCCUAUGAAAUUCAAUACACUGAUAUUGACUAUAUGGAGGAGAAGAAAGACUUUACUUAUGACCAAGAGAAAUUUAAGGACCUUCCUAAAUUUGCUGUGGACCUACAUGACCAUGGACAAAAAUACAUUAUUAUACUGGACCCUGCCAUUGCCAUCUCCCCUCUCCUUAAUAAGACUUCAUAUCUUACCUAUGAACGAGGAAUGAACAAGGCAGUGUGGGUAAAUGAAUCAGAUGGACAAACAAAACUCAUUGGAGAGGUGUGGCCAGGACGGACUGUGUUCCCUGACUACACCAACCCAGAAUGUACCAACUGGUGGGUGGAAGAAUGUAAGCUCUUCUACGAUCAAGUGAAGUAUGAUGGGAUUUGGAUUGACAUGAAUGAAGUAUCCAGCUUUAUAAAAGGUUCAGUACUUGGCUGUCAGCAAAACAACUUAAACUAUCCUCCUUUCACUCCCAGUAUUCUCGAUGGACUCAUGUAUUCAAAGACACUUUGCAUGGAUGCAGUGCAAUCCUGGGGAAAACACUAUGAUGUUCACAGUCUAUACGGCUAUUCCAUGACCCUAUCUACUGAUAAAGCUAUACAAGCUGUUUUCCCUGGAAAAAGAAGCCUUACUAUUUCUAGGUCUACUUUUGCUGGAUCAGGAAAAUACACAGGACAUUGGCUCGGGGAUAAUGCUGCUACAUGGAAUGAUCUGAGAUGGGCGAUAACAGGAAUGCUGGAAUUUAACCUCUUUGGGAUACCUUAUAUUGGUGCAGAUAUUUGUGGCUUCUUUGAUAAUGUCACAGAAGAACUUUGCAGGCGAUGGAUGCAAGUUGGAGCAUUUUAUCCAUUUUGCAGAAAUCACAAUGCUGAAAAUUAUGCGCCUCAGGAUCCGGCUGUAUUUGGGGCAGAUUCUGUUUUGGUGAGGUCAUCAAAGAACUACUUGAACAUUCGAUACACUUUACUGCCCUACCUCUAUACCCUUUUUUACAAAGCUCAUACACAAGGAGACACGGUAGUGAGACCACUUCUUCACGAGUUCUAUUCAGAUGAAGCAACAUGGGCUAUUGAUCGACAGUUCUUGUGGGGCCCUGGUCUUCUGAUCACUCCUGUACUGGACCCAGGUGUGGAAACAGUGACAGCAUAUAUUCCUGAUGCAGUAUGGUAUGACUAUGAAACAGGUAGAAGAGAAGUAUGGAGAAAACAACAAGCACAGAUGUAUCUCCCAGCAGACAAACUAGGACUUCAUCUGAGAGGAGGCUACAUAUUUCCUAUUCAGCAGCCAGCUAAUACAACAUUGUACAGCCGCAAGAAUCCGAUGGGACUCAUAAUUGCAUUAGAUGACAAGGGACAAGCAGCUGGAGAUUUAUUCUGGGAUGAUGGAGAAACUAGAGAUACAGUGGAAACUAAAAACUACGUUCAUUACCAGUUUUCAGUUACCAAUAAUAGUUUAAAAAUGGAUGUUUUGCACAUGAACUACAUCGAUCCAGACAACUUAGUGUUUGAGGAAAUCAAGAUCUUUGGAUUGCCCCUUCAACCUACAAUUCUUACUGUGUCUUUAAAUAGUGUGGUGCAGAAUUCUCUUCAUAAUAUCAGCUAUAAUCCUUCAAAUAAGGUUACCCAUGUAACUGGGCUUAAACUUGAAUUAGGAAAAUCAUACUUACUGGAAUGGAAUCAAGAGUUAAAUAACAAUGAAAAAUUUAAUUGUCACCCUAGCCCCAAUGCAACACAACAGAAUUGUGAAGCCUUGAACUGUAUCUGGAAGCCUGUCUCCACUGGUAAUGAUCCAUCCUGUUACUAUCCUUCUGACUAUGGUUAUUCUGUCAGUCAAAUUACAUACACCUCUUCAGGUUUAUCAGUGAACCUCAACAGAAAUGGUAAUUAUGCUAACCGUGCUAAGGAUUCUACUACUCCUAUCAAUAUACUUCGCUUGGAUGUGAAAUAUCAUGAGAACAAUAUGCUGCAAUUUAAGAUUUAUGAUUACAACAAUAAAAGAUAUGAGGUUCCAGUACCACUAAAUAUCCCUAGCAGUCCCACAAGUACAUAUGAGAAUAGACUCUAUGAAGUAGCGAUUCAGAACAAUCCAUUCGGCAUCCAGAUUCGACGCAAAAGCACAGGGACAGUUAUUUGGGAUUCUCAGGUACCUGGCUUCAACUUUAGCGACAUGUUCAUUCAGAUUUCUACCCGUCUUCCAUCAGAGUAUGUCUAUGGAUUUGGUGAAACUGAACACACUACGUUUCGGCGUGAUAUGAACUGGAACACCUGGGGAAUGUUCGCCAAAGAUCAGCCCCCUGGUUACAAACUGAACUCUUAUGGUGUCCAUCCUUUUUACAUGGGCUUAGAAAAUGAUGGAAAUGCUCAUGGAGUCCUCUUGCUUAACAGCAAUGCAAUGGAUGUCACAUUCCAGCCAACUCCUGCUCUGACAUAUCGCACUAUCGGAGGAAUUCUGGACUUUUACAUGGUGUUGGGCCCAACCCCAGAGCUUGUUGUUCAGGAAUACACUGCACUGAUUGGACGACCGGUCAUGCCACCAUACUGGGCUUUGGGAUUCCAGCUGUGCCGUUAUGGAUACAAAAAUGACAUAGAAAUCUCUGACCUGUACGAAGCAAUGAAGGCAGCUCGGAUACCUUAUGACGUACAAUACGCGGAUAUCGAUUACAUGGAUCGGCAAUUGGACUUUACCCUCAGCCCAAACUUCACUGGACUACCAGCUCUCGUUGACAGAAUGAAAAAGGAAGGAAUGAGAUUCAUCAUUAUCCUGGAUCCAGCCAUUUCAGGCAACGAAACCAAUUAUCUAGCCUACACAAGAGGUGUCCAGGAAGAUGUUUUUAUUAAAUGGCCCAAUAGCAGUGAAAUUGUAUGGGGAAAGGUUUGGCCAGAUUUUCCCAACGUAGUUGUUAAUGAAUCACUAGACUGGGAUACUCAAGUGCAGCUAUAUAGAGCUUAUGCAGCUUUCCCAGAUUUUUUCCGCAACACCACAGCUCAGUGGUGGCAAAGAGAAAUAAGAGAAUACCACACUAACCCAAAUCAACCAGAGAAAAGUGUGAAGUUUGAUGGCUUGUGGAUUGACAUGAAUGAACCAGCAAGCUUUGUUCAUGGAGCAGUUGAAGACUGUAGAAACCAAGAGCUAAACAAUCCUCCCUAUAUGCCCAGGUUGGAAUCACAGUCACGUGGGUUGAAUCACAAAACCUUAUGCAUGGAAAGCGAGCAGUUCCUGCCAGAUGGAACCCCUGUUAGACACUAUGAUGUGCAUAAUCUCUAUGGAUGGUCACAUACAAAACCUACCUAUGAUGCUUUACAGAGCACCACUAAUGAACGUGGAAUUGUUAUCACCCGUUCAACAUAUCCCUCUAGUGGAAAAUGGGCUGGACACUGGCUUGGCGAUAACACCGCAGCUUGGGAUCAACUUUAUAAAUCUAUAAUUGGUAUGAUGGAAUUCAGCCUUUUUGGAAUAUCCUAUACUGGAGCAGACAUUUGUGGCUUCUUCAAUGAUGCAGAGUAUUACAUGUGUGCCCGUUGGAUGCAGCUGGGAGCAUUUUACCCAUUUUCCAGAAAUCAUAAUACCAUAGGCACAAAGAGGCAAGAUCCUGUGGCCUUUGAUGAACAAUUUGAAAACAUUUCCAGAGAUGUACUCAAUAUAAGAUACACACUGUUACCCUAUCUGUACACUUUAAUGUAUGAAGCCCACGUUCAUGGUAGCACUGUAGUGCGUCCUGUCCUCCAUGAGUUUGUGGAAGACAAAAAAACAUGGGAUGUAUACAAACAAUUUCUGUGGGGACCUGCGCUGCUCAUUAGCCCUGUACUGGAGAAUGCUACAACAGUGUUGGCUUAUAUACCCAAUGCACGCUGGUAUGAUUAUUACACAGAGGAAUAUAUUGGUUUAAAGGGACAGUCCUAUAACCUAUCAGCUCCUCUUGAACAUAUCAACCUUCAUAUCCGCGGAGGCUACAUCAUCCCAUGGCAGGACCCUGCUAAUAAUACCUUUUACAGCCGACAAAACUCAAUGGGACUUACUGUUGCUUUAGAUGAUAAUGGGUUCGCUCAAGGUCAGCUUUACUGGGAUGAUGGGAAGAGCACUGAUGCAUAUGAACAGGGUGCUUAUCUGUUAGAAACAUUUAAUGCAAGUCAGAGUGUUUUAGAGAUUAAGGUUUUGAACAAUGGAUACACUGACCCAAACAAUUUAAAAUUUGAUGAAAUUAAAAUCUUGGGAGUUGUCAGAGGACCUUUAGCUGUUACAGUAAAACAAAAUGGUGUGACAGUUCCAUCUCUCCAUAAUGUCAACUAUGAUGCUACAAAAGAGCUCCUGCAUAUUACUGGCCUUCAGCUUGAAUUGGGGAAACCCUACUCAGUGGACUGGUCUUCACAGGGGUCAUUGGUUGAAGACAAUGAAAAAUUUAACUGUUAUCCUGAUUCAGGUGCAUCAGAAGAAAAUUGUACUGCUCGUGGCUGUAUCUGGCAGGUUGCCUCUAACUCCCUUGUGCCAUCAUGUUACUACCCAAGUAAUUAUGGCUAUUCUGUCAGUAACAUUCAAAACACCACUUCGGGUCUUACAGCUGACCUCUCCAGAAAUCUUAGUAUCCCUGACCGCUAUCGGGAUCGUUCUCCCGCUAUCAACACACUUCGCUUGGAAGUGAAAUAUCAUGACAACAACAUGUUGCAGUUCAAGAUUUAUGAUGCCAACAAUAAAAGAUAUGAAGUUCCAGUACCACUAUUUCUCCCUAGUACUCCAACAAGUACAGAAGCAGGUCGACUCUAUGAAGUGACCAUUAAGAACAAUCCAUUUGGUAUCCAGAUUAGGCGCAAAAGCACCGGAACAAUUAUUUGGGAUUCUCAGGUACCUGGCUUCACCUUUAGCGACAUGUUCAUUCAGAUUUCUACCCGUCUUCCAUCAGAGUAUGUCUAUGGAUUUGGUGAAACUGAACACACUACGUUUCGGCGUGAUAUGAACUGGAACACCUGGGGAAUGUUUACGAAGGACCAGUCCCCUGGUUACAAAUUGAAUUCCUAUGGUUUACAUCCCUUUUACAUGGGCCUGGAAAAUGAUGGAAAUGCCCAUGGAGUCCUCUUGCUUAACAGCAAUGCAAUGGAUGUCAUAUUCCAGCCAACUCCUGCUCUGACAUAUCGCACUAUCGGAGGAAUUCUGGACUUUUACAUGGUGUUGGGCCCAACGCCAGAGCUUGUUGUUCAGGAAUACACUGCACUGAUUGGACGACCGGUCAUGCCACCAUACUGGGCUUUGGGAUUCCAGUUGUGCCGUUAUGGAUACAAAAACGACACAGAAGUCUCUGACCUGUACGAGGCAAUGAAAGCAGCUCGGAUGCCUUAUGAUGUACAAUAUACAGACAUUGAUUACAUGAACCGGAAGUUAGACUUUACUCUCAGCCCAAGCUUUGCAGGACUUCCUGCUCUGAUUAAUCGAAUAAAAGAUGAAGGAAUGAGAUUCAUCAUUAUUCUGGACCCACCCAUAUCAGGCAAUGAAACAAAUGAUUAUCUAGCAUUCACAAGAGGUGUGCAGGAUGAUGUCUUCAUCAAAUGGCCUAACAGCACUGAGAUUGUCUGGGCAAAGGUUUGGCCAGAAUAUCCUAAUGUCGUAGUUAAUGAUUCUGCAGAUUUAGAAACACAGAUCCAGCUCUACAGAGCGUAUGCAGCUUUCCCAGAUUUCUUCCGCAAUUCUACAGCACAGUGGUGGCAAAAAGAAAUAGUAGAAUUCCACACUAAUCCAGCUAAUCCAGAGAAGAGUGUAAAAUUUGAUGGCCUGUGGACUGACAUGAAUGAACCAGCAAGCUUUAUUAAUGGAGCAGUUAAUGGCUGCAGAGAACCACUUCUAAACCACCCCCCUUAUAUGCCAGCUUUGGCAGAAAAGGAAAAAGGGCUGGAUCUUGUGACCUUGUGCAUGGAAAGUCAACAGUUCCUGCCAGAUGGGACCCCUGUCAGGCACUAUGAUGUACAUAGUCUAUAUGGAUGGUCACAGGCAAAACCUUCCUACUAUGCUGUACGCAAUGCCACAGGGGAACGUGGAAUUGUUAUCACCCGAUCAACAUAUCCCUCUAGUGGACAAUGGGCAGGUCACUGGCUUGGAGAUAACUAUGCAAGAUGGGACCAACUUGAAAAAUCUAUUAUUGGUAUAAUGGAGUUUGGCCUCUUUGGAAUUUCCUAUAUUGGAGCAGAUAUCUGUGGCUUCUUCAAUGAUACAACGUAUGAAAUGUGUGCCCGCUGGAUGCAGCUUGGAUCUUUUUACACCUAUUCUAGAAAUCAUAAUGUGAUAGGAACUAUGAGGCAAGAUCCUGUUUCCUUUGAUGAAAAAUUUCAAAAUAUUUCCAGGGACAUACUCAAUACAAGAUACACACUGUUACCUUAUCUGUACACUUUAAUGCACGAAGCCCAUGUUCUUGGUAGCACUGUAGCUCGUCCUGUGCUCCACGAGUUUGUGGAAGACAAAAAAACGUGGGAGAUAUACAAACAGUUUUUGUGGGGCCCAGCACUGCUGAUUAGCCCUGUAUUGGAUCAAGGAGCUACAGAAGUGAAUGCUUAUAUACCCAAUGCACGCUGGUAUGAUUAUUACACGGGAAAAUAUCUUGGAGUAAGGGGACAAUUGCAGACAUUGCCAGCACCUCUUGAGCAUAUCAAUCUUCAUAUCCGGGGUGGUUACAUCAUCCCCUGGCAAGAACCUGGUCUUAAUACCAAUCAAAGCCGACAAAACUUAAUGGGACUUACUGUUGCUUUGGAUGAUAACGAGGUCGCUCAAGGUCAGCUUUACUGGGAUGAUGGAGUAAGCAUUGACACAUAUGAAAAUGGCCAUUAUUUCUUCGCAACAUUUGCCGCAAACCAGGGUGUUUUAGAGAUUAAGGUUUUGAACAAUGGAUACACUGACCCAAACAAUUUAAAAUUUGGUGAAAUUAAAAUCUUGGGAGUUGUCAGAGGACCUUUAGCUGUUACAGUAAAACAAAAUGGCGUGACAGUUCCAUCUCUCCAUAAUGUCAACUAUGAUGCUACAAAAGAGCUCCUGCAUAUUACUGGCCUUCAGCUUGAAUUGGGGAAACCCUACUCAGUGGACUGGUCUUCACAGGAGUCAUUGGUUGAAGACAAUGAAAAAUUUAACUGUUAUCCUGACUCAGGUGCAUCAGAAGAAAAUUGUACUGCUCGUGGCUGUAUCUGGCAGGUUGCCUCUAACUCCCUUGUGCCAUCAUGUUACUACCCAAGUAAUUAUGGCUAUUCUGUCAGUAACAUUCAAAACACCACUUCGGGUCUUACAGCUGACCUCUCCAGAAAUCUUAGUAUCCCUGACCGCUAUCGGGAUCGUUCUCCCGCUAUCAACACACUUCGCUUGGAAGUGAAAUAUCAUGACAACAACAUGUUGCAGUUCAAGAUUUAUGAUGCCAACAAUAAAAGAUAUGAAGUUCCAGUACCACUAUUUCUCCCUAGUACUCCAACAAGUACAGAAGCAGGUCGACUCUAUGAAGUGACCAUUAAGAACAAUCCAUUUGGUAUCCAGAUUAGGCGCAAAAGCACCGGAACAAUUAUUUGGGAUUCUCAGGUACCUGGCUUCACCUUUAGCGACAUGUUCAUUCAGAUUUCUACCCGUCUUCCAUCAGAGUAUGUCUAUGGAUUUGGUGAAACUGAACACACUACGUUUCGGCGUGAUAUGAACUGGAACACCUGGGGAAUGUUUACGAAGGACCAGUCCCCUGGUUACAAAUUGAAUUCCUAUGGUUUGCAUCCCUUUUACAUGGGCCUGGAAAAUGAUGGAAAUGCUAAUGGAGUCCUCUUGCUUAACAGCAAUGCAAUGGAUGUCAUAUUCCAGCCAACUCCUGCUCUGACAUAUCGCACUAUCGGAGGAAUUCUGGACUUUUACAUGGUGUUGGGCCCAACGCCAGAGCUUGUUGUUCAGGAAUACACUGCACUGAUUGGACGACCGGUCAUGCCACCGUACUGGGCUUUGGGAUUCCAGCUGUGCCGUUAUGGAUACAAAAACGACACAGAAGUCUCUGACCUGUACGAGGCAAUGAAGGCAGCUCGGAUACCUUAUGAUGUACAAUAUACAGACAUUGAUUACAUGAACCGGAAGUUAGACUUUACUCUCAGCCCAAGCUUUGCAGGACUUCCUGCUCUGAUUAAUCGAAUAAAAGAUGAAGGAAUGAGAUUCAUCAUUAUUCUGGACCCACCCAUAUCAGGCAAUGAAACAAAUGAUUAUCUAGCAUUCACAAGAGGUGUGCAGGAUGAUGUCUUCAUCAAACGGCCUAACAGCACUGAGAUUGUCUGGGCAAAGGUUUGGCCAGAAUAUCCUAAUGUAGUAGUUAAUGAUUCUGCAGAUUUAGAAACACAGAUCCAGCUGUACAGAGCGUAUGCAGCUUUCCCAGAUUUCUUCCGCAAUUCUACAGCACAGUGGUGGCAAAAAGAAAUAGUAGAAUUCCACACUAAUCCAGCUAAUCCAGAGAAGAGUGUAAAAUUUGAUGGCCUGUGGACUGACAUGAAUGAACCAGCAAGCUUUAUUAAUGGAGCAGUUAAUGGCUGCAGAGAACCACUUCUAAACCACCCCCCUUAUAUGCCAGCUUUGGCAGAAAAGGAAAAAGGGCUGGAUCUUGUGACCUUGUGCAUGGAAAGUCAACAGUUCCUGCCAGAUGGGACCCCUGUCAGGCACUAUGAUGUACAUAGUCUAUAUGGAUGGUCACAGGCAAAACCUACCUACUAUGCUGUACGCAAUGCCACAGGGGAACGUGGAAUUGUUAUCACCCGAUCAACAUAUCCCUCUAGUGGACAAUGGGCAGGUCACUGGCUUGGAGAUAACUAUGCAAGAUGGGACCAACUUGAAAAAUCUAUUAUUGGUAUAAUGGAGUUUGGCCUCUUUGGAAUUUCCUAUAUUGGAGCAGAUAUCUGUGGCUUCUUCAAUGAUACAACGUAUGAAAUGUGUGCCCGCUGGAUGCAGCUUGGAUCAUUUUACACCUAUUCUAGAAAUCAUAAUGUGAUAGGAACUAUGAGGCAAGAUCCUGUUUCCUUUGAUGAAAAAUUUCAAAAUAUUUCCAGGGACAUACUCAAUACAAGAUACACACUGUUACCUUAUCUCUACACUUUAAUGCACGAAGCCCAUGUUCUUGGUAGCACUGUAGCUCGUCCUAUGCUCCACGAGUUUGUGGAAGACAAAAAAACGUGGGAGAUAUACAAACAGUUUUUGUGGGGCCCAGCACUGCUGAUUAGCCCUGUAUUGGAUCAAGGAGCUACAGAAGUGAAUGCUUAUAUACCCAAUGCACGCUGGUAUGAUUAUUACACGGGAAAAUAUCUUGGAGUAAGGGGACAAUUGCAGACAUUGCCAGCACCUCUUGAGCAUAUCAAUCUUCAUAUCCGGGGUGGUUACAUCAUCCCCUGGCAAGAACCUGGUCUUAAUACCAAUCAAAGCCGACAAAACUUAAUGGGACUUACUGUUGCUUUGGAUGAUAACGAGGUCGCUCAAGGUCAGCUUUACUGGGAUGAUGGAGUAAGCAUUGACACAUAUGAAAAUGGUUAUUAUUUCUUCGCAACAUUUGCCGCAAACCAGAGUGUUUUAGAGAUUAAGGUUUUGAACAAUGGAUACACUGACCCAAACAAUUUAAAAUUUGGUGAAAUUAAAAUCUUGGGAGUUGUCAGAGGACCUUUAGCUGUUACAGUAAAACAAAAUGGCGUGACAGUUCCAUCUCUCCAUAAUGUCAACUAUGAUGCUACAAAAGAGCUCCUGCAUAUUACUGGCCUUCAGCUUGAAUUGGGGAAACCCUACUCAGUGGACUGGUCCUCACAGGAGUCAUUGGUUGAAGACAAUGAAAAAUUUAACUGUUAUCCUGACUCAGGUGCAUCAGAAGAAAAUUGUACUGCUCGUGGCUGUAUCUGGCAGGUUGCCUCUAACUCCCUUGUGCCAUCAUGUUACUACCCAAGUAAUUAUGGCUAUUCUGUCAGUAACAUUCAAAACACCACUUCGGGUCUUACAGCUGACCUCUCCAGAAAUCUUAGUAUCCCUGACCGCUAUCGGGAUCGUUCUCCCGCUAUCAACACACUUCGCUUGGAAGUGAAAUAUCAUGACAACAACAUGUUGCAGUUCAAGAUUUAUGAUGCCAACAAUAAAAGAUAUGAAGUUCCAGUACCACUAUUUCUCCCUAGUACUCCAACAAGUACAGAAGCAGGUCGACUCUAUGACGUAACCAUUAAGAACAAUCCAUUUGGUAUCCAGAUUAGGCGCAAAAGCACCGGAACAAUUAUUUGGGAUUCUCAGGUACCUGGCUUCACCUUUAGCGACAUGUUCAUUCAGAUUUCUACCCGUCUUCCAUCAGAGUAUGUCUAUGGAUUUGGUGAAACUGAACACACUACGUUUCGGCGUGAUAUGAACUGGAACACCUGGGGAAUGUUUACGAAGGACCAGUCCCCUGGUUACAAAUUGAAUUCCUAUGGUUUACAUCCCUUUUACAUGGGCCUGGAAAAUGAUGGAAAUGCCCAUGGAGUCCUCUUGCUUAACAGCAAUGCAAUGGAUGUCAUAUUCCAGCCAACUCCUGCUCUGACAUACCGCACUAUCGGAGGAAUUCUGGACUUUUACAUGGUGUUGGGCCCAAUGCCAGAGCUUGUUGUUCAGGAAUACACUGCACUGAUUGGACGACCGGUCAUGCCACCGUACUGGGCUUUGGGAUUCCAGCUGUGCCGUUAUGGAUACAAAAAUGACACAGAAGUCUCUGACCUGUACGAGGCAAUGAAGGCAGCUCGGAUACCUUAUGAUGUACAAUAUACAGACAUUGAUUACAUGAACCGGAAGUUAGACUUUACUCUCAGCCCAAGCUUUGCAGGACUUCCUGCUCUGAUUAAUCGAAUAAAAGAUGAAGGAAUGAGAUUCAUCAUUAUUCUGGACCCACCCAUAUCAGGCAAUGAAACAAAUGAUUAUCUAGCAUUCACAAGAGGUGUGCAGGAUGAUGUCUUCAUCAAAUGGCCUAACAGCACUGAGAUUGUCUGGGAAAAGGUUUGGCCAGAAUAUCCUAAUGUAGUAGUUAAUGAUUCUGCAGAUUUAGAAACACAGAUCCAGCUGUACAGAGCGUAUGCAGCUUUCCCAGAUUUCUUCCGCAAUUCUACAGCACAGUGGUGGCAAAAAGAAAUAGUAGAAUUCCACACUAAUCCAGCUAAUCCAGAGAAGAGUGUAAAAUUUGAUGGCCUGUGGACUGACAUGAAUGAACCAGCAAGCUUUAUUAAUGGAGCAGUUAAUGGCUGCAGAGAACCACUUCUAAACCACCCCCCUUAUAUGCCAGCUUUGGCAGAAAAGGAAAAAGGGCUGGAUCUUGUGACCUUGUGCAUGGAAAGUCAACAGUUCCUGCCAGAUGGGACCCCUGUCAGGCACUAUGAUGUACAUAGUCUAUAUGGAUGGUCACAGGCAAAACCUACCUACUAUGCUGUACGCAAUGCCACAGGGGAACGUGGAAUUGUUAUCACCCGAUCAACAUAUCCCUCUAGUGGACAAUGGGCAGGUCACUGGCUUGGAGAUAACUAUGCAAGAUGGGACCAACUUGAAAAAUCUAUUAUUGGUAUAAUGGAGUUUGGCCUCUUUGGAAUUUCCUAUAUUGGAGCAGAUAUCUGUGGCUUCUUCAAUGAUACAACAUAUGAAAUGUGUGCCCGCUGGAUGCAGCUUGGAUCUUUUUACACCUAUUCUAGAAAUCAUAAUGUGAUAGGAACUAUGAGGCAAGAUCCUGUUUCCUUUGAUGAAAAAUUUCAAAAUAUUUCCAGGGACAUACUCAAUACAAGAUACACACUGUUACCUUAUCUCUACACUUUAAUGCACGAAGCCCAUGUUCUUGGUAGCACUGUAGCUCGUCCUGUGCUCCACGAGUUUGUGGAAGACAAAAAAACGUGGGAGAUAUACAAACAGUUUUUGUGGGGCCCAGCACUGCUGAUUAGCCCUGUAUUGGAUCAAGGAGCUACAGAAGUGAAUGCUUAUAUACCCAAUGCACGCUGGUAUGAUUAUUACACGGGAAAAUAUCUUGGAGUAAGGGGACAAUUGCAGACAUUGCCAGCACCUCUUGAGCAUAUCAAUCUUCAUAUCCGGGGUGGUUACAUCAUCCCCUGGCAAGAACCUGGUCUUAAUACCAAUCAAAGCCGACAAAACUUUAUGGGACUUACUGUUGCUUUGGAUGAUAACGAGGUCGCUCAAGGUCAGCUUUACUGGGAUGAUGGAGUAAGCAUUGACACAUAUGAAAAUGGCCAUUAUUUCUUUGCAUCAUUUGCCGCAAACCAGAGUACUGUUAAUAUGAGUGUGCUGCACAACAAUUUCCUAACUAACACAAAUCCAUUGAAAUUUGGCUAUAUGAACAUUUGGGGAAUAGGAAACCAACAGAUUACAAAUGUUACUGUCACUUAUGAUGGGCAGACACAUGUGAUUACUAAUUUCACCAGUAACCAAGAAAAUCAGGUGCUACAAAUUGAUUUUACUGAGAAAAUAUUCAGCAUUGAAAAAUUUACACAACUUACAUGGACAACAAGCAAUUAACCAUCGGUGGGCAAGAGGCAGUUUCAAAGCAUCUCCAGAGGCAUAUUUUCAUCAGCUGUUGUAUUUUGUUCAGCUAUACUAAUAGCGAAAAAAAAAGAACUAAAAAAGGUCUAUUGUGCAUAAUAGGCCUGCACUAAGAGAUGUAAUUUUGCCUGUGCCACUUAAUUCUGACAUGAUUAGUACAUAUGUUCACUUAGCUUGCUCACAUGGA